AUGGGAGGAAGUCCUCCGGCGACAGGACGACUUGGCGGAUGCUCAGCCACACUCAAUGGCGUCAUGUACAUGGUGGGAGGAUCGCUGACCGGUUCGGUUGCGCCGCCUUUUGCCUCGGAUGUUUUAUCGCUGGAAAUUAGCACGGGCGUAUGGACGAACCACACUCUGGCCACGGCCGCCUCUCCGGUGCCUCGACAGGCGUGUGCUCUUGCUGCUGUCAACAUUGGCUCGGAUGUGGUGCUCUAUCUUCUGGGUGGCCGUGGCGAGUCGGCUGCCACACUCGAUGAUUUUUGGGCCUUCUCCGUCUCGGCUUCCUCGUGGUACCAGUUUGCCGCAUCGGCCUGGUCGGCCAUUCCCUCGCGCGGCGCGCCGGUCGCCGAUCACGCCAUGGUCGCCAUCGACGACGGCGGGACGACAAAGCUGGUCGUCAUCUUUGAUGCAGAGUUGUCGAGCCUCGACGUGUACACCAUCGGCAGCGCGUACAACGCCGAGGACGGCAGCUGGGCUCUGGUGCCCACUACAGGCACCGAGCCCAACCGCCCGGACUGCAGAGACAACGCCGGCGUUGUCUCGUGGGGCUCCUCACUCGCUGUCUUUGGCGGCCACUACCAAAAGUUCACCACCGGCGACGUGGCCACCACCAACGUGCUCGACGUUGCCACCUGGACCUGGUCUGCCCUCACCACUGCCGGCACCCCACCAUCGGCCAAGCGGUCGAUGAUGGUCGCCCCGCUCGGCGGUCUCUCGGCGCUGGGCAAGCGCAUCAUGCUGGUCUUUGCCGGAAACUCGGGCAACACCCUUGUCGACGAGCUCCACUCUCUGCACAUCGACGACGCCUCCGGCACCCCGACCUGGUACUCGGUGACGCCUGCCGGCGGCUCACUCCCGCCGCCGCAGGAACUUUCGCUGCUGGGCAUCGAUGCUGCCGGCGCCAAAGCCGUCAUCUACGGCGGCUCGCCAAGCUCAUCGGUCGUUUUUAGCUACGACGUCGGCCCUCGCAUCGCCACCGUUGCGCCCGAGGCCACGCUCGCCACCGGCGGGCACGUGGCGUACCCGUGCCCGAUCGCAUCCGCCAUCGGCACGCCGGUCACCUCGGCAACCUGCACCGUCACCGGCCCGAUUCCAUCCACCAUCUUCACUGCCGACGCAUACGUUGUCGCGCUCUCCGCAAGUGCCGGUCUCCCGCCCGUCUCGGGCUUGGUCACCUUUGAGGCAGUUCCUCAGCCGGCCAUCUUUGCCGUCGUCGACCCGUCCGACCUCGAUGCGGUUGUCACCGCCGGCACCACACCAACCGUCAACGUCACCGCCCGCGCCGGGCUCGACUUCCUGGCCCUCAACGCCGCCGACCUUGUUUCGAUCACCGUUGGCGGCGUGGCGUGUACCUCGGUCACCUUCCACUCGGCGACUUCAAUCACCUGCGCUGUCCCGGUCCUCACCGCUGCCAAGCACGCGGUCAUUGUCACCUCAGCGUCGGGUGGCGCGUCAGCCGCAAACGGCGCGCACCUAGUCGCCCUCCCGCCACCGGCCGUCACCUCACUCUCCAAGACCUCGGGCCCCCAGGCAGGCGGCGACUCGCUCACGCUCACCGGGACCUGGCUCGGCGGCUCGGGCGUGUCCAUCGCCUCGCUGCCGGGCGCCGCGCCAGCUGACAUUGUCGACAAUCCCACCGUCUCGGUCACCAUCGCCUCGGUCGCCUGCACUGUCACCGCGCAGUCAUCGACCGAGGUCACUUGCACCACAGGCGCAUUUGCCACCACCGGCGUGUUUGCGGUGACGGUCACCACCCGCAACGGCGGCACCGCCGCGUCGACCAUAUCCUACCGUGUCGUCGCUCCGCCGGCCGUCACCAGCGUCACUCCCUCGUCGGGUCCGCCGGGCACCCAGCUCCUUGUCGAGGGUACCUCGCUUGGCACCUCGCUCGCCGAUAUCCUUGUCGUCCGCGUCGGCUCGGCAGAGUGCCGCGUCACCUCGGUCCUCGGCUCGCCGGUCUCCGCCCUCAACUGCACGCUCGGCGAGGGCUCGGCCGGCGCCUACGACGUCGUCGUCACCACAACCUCGGGCGGCUCGGGCUCGUCAGCGGUCCAAUUUACGUAUGUGCCCGAUGAGACCGGCUCGGUCGUCCCGCCGCCACCGCCGCCCACCACCGACACCAUCCUCCCGCUGUGGAUGUUUGCCGUCCUCGCCGCCCUCUGCUGCCUGUGUAUCAUCAUCGGCCUCUGCCUUGCUCGUCGCAAGGCCCGCGAGGAGUCCGAGUACGAGUACAUCGAGUACUCUGAGGAGGUCAUUAAGCCUGCCACCUCGAUCCUCUCCGUUGAUGGCUCCUCCAUCCACAUUCCGACCGGCAUCCUCCCCGUCGCUGCUCCGCAAAAGGUCAUGCUCAAGAAGCGCGUUCGCCGUCCCAAGCUUCCCGCCGAUAUGCACUCCUCGUCUGAUCUGCGCGAGACCGACAUUUCCUCGGACGAGUACAUCUACGAAGGCGACGACGACGACUCGUCCAGCCUCGACGAUGACUCGUACGACCACACCGCGGCCUCGACCCGCCAGCCGUCCCGGCCGCGCCGCCGCCGCCGCUCGGUUCAAUCCGGCACGACCGCCUCCGCCUCUUGUAGUGGCCUGUUUGACGUCCCGCACCUCGCGCGCGCCGCCGUCGAGUGCGCCCGCAACGUGGCUGCUGCUGACGCCGACGCGGCGGCGCUCGACGGCCAUCUCUCGACGUCCAAGGUCGUCUCGCUCGGUUUUGUCCCGCGCGCUGUGGUCUACAACGCCUUCGUCCAGCCAUACAUAGCAAACCUGGCGACCUUUAUCGACGGCGAGUACGUUACCCUCCUCUACAACCUCUGCUCCCACCUCAAGCCGCAGGCCAGGCAGGCGUCGCGCAGCGUCGGCCGGUGA